UUAGCUUACAAGUUGAGGACAGAGUCGUUAAUCCAAACAGAAGAAGACACGGCACAUCGUGCUGACACUUGCUUGAUAACUAGCUAGCCAGUAAAGCUAACGCUAGCUACUCGGCUUUCCUCGACUUACGCAACGGUCAUUGAACCUUCAAACGAAGCAAGUCAAAAUGAGUGCAACCUCCUCCCAAAAAGUUGUGCUGAAAAGCACCACCAAAGUGUCCCUGAAUGAGCGCUUCACUAACAUGCUGAAGAACAAGCAGCCCACUGCGGUGAGCAUUCGGGCCACCAUGCAGCAGCAGCACAUGGCUAGCGCCCGCAACCGUCGACUCGCCCAGCAGAUGGAGAACCGGCCCUCAGUGCAGGCUGCUCUGCAUCACAAGCAGAGCCUGAAGCAGCGUUUGGGGAAGAGCAACAUCCAGGCCAGGCUGGGCCGGCCGGUCGGGGCCCUGAUGCGUGGAGGAGCUCCUGGAGGCCGAGGAGGAAUGCGGGGCAUGGCCAGGGGAGGUCUCCGAGGACGCCUGAGAGGAGGAACAAUGAGAGGAGCUCUGUCCCUCAGAGGGAAGCGAGUGGCAACGGGCGGCUCCAUGCGAGGCCGUGGGUCCGCAGGCCACCUGGCACUGCGUAGGGGAGGCCGCCACCGAGGAGGAGCUCCUGGUCGAGGAGGAGCUUUGCCACGAGGGGCAGCACGUGGAGGAGCUCGAGGACGUGGGGGCCUGCGUGGGCGUGGUGGCUUCGCAGGCCGGGGCGGCCGUGGCCGUGGACGAGGCCGAGGAGCAGGCCGGCCGGCUGUGACCCGUGAACAGCUGGAUAACCAGCUGGAUGCCUAUAUGUCAAAGACCAAAGGUCACCUAGAUGCUGAACUGGAUGCUUACAUGGCCCAGGCUGACCCCGAUGGCAUGGAGUGAUGCCCCCCACCCUCAGACUCCUGAUGAGACAAAUCAAUGUCAAAGGGAAGCAUAUAUAGUAGUAUUAUUACAGAAAUGUACAGAACACCAUGCAGUCUACACUCUUGUAUUACGCAGGCUUUGCACAGUCACAUUGAUGUGCUCAGAAAUGUUUCCACAAACAGUUUAGAUGAAACUGGUGACAAACCAGGAAUUUCAGCAUUGGAACAGCAAGAAAUCGGCCUGUUACCUGAUGAUGGUUGGACCUCAUAACUCAAUUCUGCAUCGCUUGUCUCACGGAAAUGUUGAAAUACUGGAAUAAUCAUUUGAAAAGACUUGACUUUUUAUUAUGGAGCCUUGCUGUCUACAGGCUUUUACCUUGUUUUGUACCAGAAAAAUCUAAAUUGUGUUAAACCUGCACUAUGCGAUUUCAGAACCUUAUUAACACUCCUGAAACUGGCCUUUUGAGAUAUAAACUAAUACCAACUUGGACAGACCAGCCAUGCUGCGUGUUGCCAAAAUUCACAAUGGACUCAAGCUCCUUCUGCUUGUACUGUUUAAAAGCAGUGUUUUCCCCCUCACACUACUGAUGGUUCACAAUGGCAGAAUACAUUUAGUGAGUGAGUGCAACAGUGAUGUCACUAAGCCAAAGGUCACAUUGUGAGUCCAAAAGAGGAAAGAAACAAGAAAGAAACAGAAUAGGCCACGGUUGGAUCUGCAUUGCUACCGCAGGCAUAGAGCUUAGUAGAGUUUGUCUCCAUACUGCUGUGUUCACGUCUGGAGGGGGCCACACGGGGACAGGAGUGGCUUUGCAAAGAGUUUUUGCUGUUCUCGAUACCAGUCAGACAAAAUCGCUUAGUGCAUGUUUAAUGAUGAGAGAGAUGUCAAAAAAUGGUCUAAAAUUGGUCCAUGUGCUGUUGAAGAGAAAAGAAAGUGUCACUUUCCACUGUUGAGCUUCUGUUGUAAACAAUGUUUUGAAAAAAAGAACUUUUUUUUUUUUUUUUUACAUGUCCUUAUUUUGGGAGUUUGAAAGUUCAGAUUUAUUUUAACCUUUUUAAAUUUUGUGAAUUUUUUAAGCAAAAUGGAAUGUUUUUUUCUGAAUUUAAAAGAUUUAGUAUGUCAUGUAUCAGCUGUUAUUACCAAACUGUUUGUUCUUUCGCAUCUUCUGUUAGCAUUCGUCAGACUGGAAUGUUUGUACUCUAAUGAUGUACUGAGAUGCAAUUGUAUUUUGUUCCACACAGUCAGUAAAGUAGGUUUUAAGGAAAGAAAUGUCAGUGAGAAAGUUUUCCCUUUUGCUUAUGUCACAGUUGAAUAACUUAAAAUGCUCUUGAGUUUAAAGAAAAUCAACCACACAACAAUUAAAUGAAGUGAGUUGAACCCAGAACUUCUUGAAUCAGCUUAACCCACUGAACCCAACAUCUUUAGCCAUCUGAACAAAAAUCCCUUUAAUUGGUUUCAUAUAUAUUUUUUAAACUUUUUAAAAAUAUAU